UCGGUUUAUUUCCAUCAUCUUGUGCAAUACAAAGUAAAAGUUCCGGUACUGUGACUACUUAGAUAUGAAGCAGGGAUAUCAAAAGGAAUCAUGGCGGUAUAUACACCAAAAAGUGAGGCUGGUUCCAGUUCUGAUGGGCAGGUUUCAUUUGAUGCUGGAGAGCUUAAGAUCUUAGAUUUUAGAAAAGAUGAGAGAUUUAAUGAAAAUAAUAUAGAAAAAAUGGAUAUAUUAGACUUUGGAAAAGAAGGUUUCUUGUUAAGUAAUCUGUUAAGUGAAUUAGAAUGUCAAGAUAUAAUAAAGAAAGGAGAGGAAAUUGGAUUUGAUUCUAUCCAUGGGGCUAAUGAUAAUUACAGAAGCUGUAAAAGAAUUACUCUAGAAAAUCAAACAUUAAAUGAUAUACUGUGGAAGAGAAUACAACCAUAUUUAGGUGAUAUAAAAAUAGAUGGAGAUCAUGAUCAGCAACAUAUACAUGGUAUAACAUCUGUUUUACAAGGAUUGUGGAAACCUUGUGGAUUAAAUAAUGUGUUAAGAUUAUGUAGGUAUUUUCCUGGAGGACAUUUUGCACCACAUUAUGAUGGAUUUUUUGGUCGAUCAAGUAGUGAAAGAUCUUUACAAACAUUAAUGUUAUAUUUAAAUGGUGAUUUUAGUGGCGGUUCUACAAAUUUUGUUGAUGAAGCCCAAGAAUUGCAUAAGGGAGUAGAUGGUAAAUAUUGUGCAGAAGAUAAAAAUAUUAUUUAUAGAAUUCAACCUAAAAGUGGAUUGGGAAUUAUUUUUAAUCAUCAUCGUUUGCAUGAAGGUCAAAAACUAGGAGAUGGUGUCAAGUACAUACUUAGAACUGAUAUUAUGUAUAAAAAUCAGGAUAAGGUUCAGUUGGUACAGGCAGAAGAAAAGGCAUUUGAAAUGCUUCAAGAAGCAGAAAGAAAAGAGGCAUGUGGUGAUUGUUUAGAAGCAGCAGAGCUGUAUAGAAAAGCCUUCAAGUUGUCUCCUACUUUAGCUGAAUAUUACAAAAGUUGACAUAUUACAAUACACACAUUUUUGUUAUUAUAAAUUUUUGUAUAUGUAUUUUUAAGUUUAAAGAUUUUAUUUUUUAA